AUGCAAGCUAUUAUUUGGGACGAUUCCUCAUCUGACGAUUCCACUUCAAGUGAAGAGGAUGUGAAUGCCAUGGCGCUGAUUGCACAGGAUUCAACUUUUAUGUGUUUAGCAUCUGCAGAUUCCAUCUCUAUGUCGCCUAUAAAUGAGAAAUCAUCUUCGGAAAACUCAUCAGAAGAAGAAUCGGACGAAGAUGACAUGGUCGGAGCAUAUCAACAAUUGGUAGUCGAAUCAAAGAAGGAUUUAGAACAAGAGAGAGAUGGUUUGACAAAGGCCUACAAUUCUUUAUGUGAGAAGUGUUCGUUACUUGAAAAGGAAAAAGAGACUCAGGUGGAAAACAUCAAUUAUCUCACCAAGCAAUACUCGGAAGCUAGAGAAGCAAAUAUGGAAUUCACCAAGACAAUUAUUCAAUUGAAGUCAGAUUUGAACCAAUUUUCAUCUGGCUUGAGCAAACUUGAUAAGAUGCUUGGACUUGGUCAAACAAAUAAACUUGGACUUGGGUACGAACGGACAUAUAUUGAUCAAGCUAUGAAGAAAGAUAAUGAACAUUCGACAAAAACAGUUCCUAAGUUUUAUGCUAACCCUAAGGAAGUACAUCUGAAAGCGGUUAAAAGGAUCAUUCGGUACGUUAAAGGUACAACCGCAUAUGGCCUCUUGUAUCGUAUGAGAACAUCUCUUGAUCUGAUCGGAUACUCAGAUGCAGACUGGGCUGGUUCUGCAGAUGAUCGGAAAAGUACUAGUGGAGGUUGUUUCUACCUUGGAAACUGUUUUGUGGCUUGGCAUAGUAAGAAACAGAACUGUAUUGCACUAUCCACUGCUGAGGCUGAGUAUAUUUCUGCUGGUAGUUGCUCCACUCAGUUGUUGUGGAUGAAGAGUUUACUGAGCGACUAUCGGAUCCCUUCCACCACUCUUACUAUUCUGUAUGACAACACAAGAUUCUGA